ACUUAUACAAUCCAACAUAGGGUUCCGGAUAGGUGAUAUUUCUAAUAUCUCAUAUUAUCAUAUCAUUUAUUAGGAGUUUAAGGGAAAUAUUUCUUUUUCACUAUGGACAUAUAUCAAUAUUUUUGGAUUGUUCUCAUACUAUUGUCAUUGACUGUAUCUCAGAACAUGAGAUUAGCCAGUAUGAUAACACAUAUGUAUAGUCUCCCAAUAAUCAUACUCGUGAUUUGCAGUUUCAUGAGCUUUCAAUGUCUUCAACGACAUCUGUCUCCCAAUGCAAAGAAACUACAAGAUAUUGAUGGUGUUUUUGGUGAAAAAAGAACCAACACUUAUACAGAUUAAUCAGAGCGCCCUACAAACAUUGCAAUCCUUCUUUAAUCGCAGUCUCCGCAAGAUUUUACGGAUAAUAUGGCCUAACAUCAUAAGCGACGCUGGCUUUGACCAAACAAACAUCUAUCCACAUAAAAAUUCGACCCCGUAAGCGCCAAGAUGACAUUACAAGAACAGUAUUAGAGUGGAGUCUUCAAGGUAGUCGCAGAAGAGGAAGGCCUGCCAAAACAUGGAGGCGGCAAGCUGAAGCAAAAGCGAAAAAAUCAAGCCGUUCAGGGAGAAAAAUCAAAUGAAUAGCUUUAAAUAAAUCAAACUUCAAUUUGUUAAUUGAGGCCCUGUGUUCCAUAUAGAAACUUUGGGGAAAUAUAUAUAGUAUAUCGGUAUAAUCAAAGCAUUUAAACAUUGGACUUUCGGCAUGAGAUGGAACACUGAUUCCAAUUACAAAGCUAUUUAAUGGUUGAAGGUAUGGAAUUAUCUUGCUAUUUUCUACUCGAUGCUCGAUUUAGAUUUUGGAAUAGCCUUAAUGCGCGGCCACGCACUGAGCGAUGAGCGGCUGAGCGAUGAGCGACGAAAUUUAAACAUAUGAAAUGCCAUUGAAGUGGCCAAGCAGUAAGCGAUGAGCGACUGAGCGACUGAGCGAUUUCUCUGCGACUGAGCGACGUCGCUUAACAAUUAAAACAUGUUCUAAUUUUCAGUUGACUGCUGAGCGACGAACAGAAAGAAUGGACAAAUUUAACAUUGAAAUGCUUAUUUCUGAGGUGCAAAGCUAUCCGGUUUUGUGGCAGGAUAGCCACAAAGACUUCAAAAAUAAAAAUAUCACUGACAACAUAUGGAAAAAACUGGGAGAAAUAUGUGGUUGUUCUGGAGAGGCAGCAAAAGGAAAGUGGAAGAAUUUAAGAGAUACAUACAGGAGAAAUUUGCAAAAGAGUCAACCAGCAAAAUCGGGCUCCGAAGCUCUUCCAGUUAAAGUUAAGUGGCCAUAUUAUGAUUUGAUGAGCUUCAUUAAAAAAAGCGUUGUUCCGGAUCCUAUGGAUGGGAAUCUUUUGGAACCAGAGCAAUAUCAAUGUUGCAAUCCUAAUUAUUCGACUUUGAUUAACGAUCUACUAAGUGAAGAAGACUCUGUUUUUAAAACUGUUGAUAUGCCUGAAACCAGCACUUCUGUUUCCACCAGUUGCUCUACAAAUGUGCCACCAAAAACAAAGAAAAGAAAGGGAAGAACAAGCGAGUUUGAAUCUGAAUUUCUCCAAAUUGAAAAGGAGCGAAUGGAAAUUUUAAAAGCUGAGGUAGAAAAGAAGGAAGAAGAUGAUGAUGAUCUUCAGUUUUUUAAAAGUUUCUUGCCAUUUAUGCGGCAGUUUAACAAUAUUGAAAAAUUAGAAGUCAGAGAAGAAAUACAAAAUGUAAUUUUAAACAAAUACCGGACAUCGUUUGCCAAUAAUCAGAACAAACAGUAAAGUAUAUAUGAAAUAUUAUGUUUAACUUAAAUAAAUGAAUAAAAUGAAAUUUAUGUUUAACUUACCUCAAGGUCAAAACGAGCCUCUGCUCUGCACGAAUUGCUUUCCUUUGUUUUGUUAAUUUAGGCUGAACUUUUUCAAGCAAUAUAUCAAAAGAUUGUAUAGACAUACGUAGAUAUUGAAAGAAUCUAUCUGGAAAUUUACGUAGAUUUUGAUAUAAAUGAUUAAAUUCCCCGAACCUCCAUCUUGUUUGGUUUAUAGGAUGAACACCAUACUUUCUUUUUUUAUACGUAGCAAGAUUCUAUAAACAUGAUAUCUAUUUUCAAGCAGCAAUAUACGCUGUACAGCCCUUGACAACGGCAUUUUAGCAACUAAUCGCUCAACAACAGUCGCUCAGUAAAAAGCCAUACGUCGCUCAAAAUCGUCGAUCAGCCGCUCAUCGCUCAGUCGUUUACUACGUGGCCGCGGCCUUAGAUUAAAGAGUUUGGAUUUGGAUACUACAAUAUGUUUUCCAAUAGCAAACUUUCUGAUUGACUAAUUAGAGAACCUUACGUGGUUCGUUUUAUGUAAACAAAGUGUAUGCAGGGUUCCCCAAAUUUUUUCGAAUAUGAUGCUACUGCGUUUCGACCAUUUGGAUCUUACAUACAUAGUAGUUAGAACCAUUCGAUUGAUCAAAUCGUGAAUCGUGAAAUUGGCAAAUCGACCAAUUACUGGCAUAAAUUUCAAAAGCUGAUAAAUAAAUUUAAUACAAUGGAAGUAAAAUUUCGACAAGAGAGCCGAACUACCUUUUUACGAGCAGAAAAGAGGCGAAUUGAAAACGGUGACAGUGCGAAAGGUAAAGCAUUUAUAAAACACCUACUUAUUUUACGAAUAAUCUGAUACACAAUCCAAAUUAAAACCAAAAAAAAAUAAAUUUCAUUAAAAAUAGAAGGUAUGAUUAUACAGAGAAUGAGUUGAGAAAACAUACCUUGUCAGUUGCAGCGCCAAGUAGACGUUAUUAAGUACGUUAAAUACACCAAAAUAAAUAUAAAAUUCGCUUGCUUUCUUACAAUUUAUUAUCUGCUAUUUUUAAGUUGCACUUGAAAAUCUGUAUACUCGCUCGUCAAUGUGGCAGCGCAUAACUUGAACCGCGCCACUGACUGCCUUGUUGCACGUCAAGGGCACUUGAGCACUACUU